AUGGAAUUCCUCGCCAUCCUCGCCGUGCUGGCCCUGCCAGCCCUCACGCCUCACGGGCACGGCGAUUCUCCCGCGGGUAGAGCUGUCCACUGCUCUCCCAACGCUUUACUACGAAAACUCUUCCCGGCAGCCCUCCAUCCCGGAGCCGAUCCAAAUAACCUGGACUCGGCCCGAGGUCUUUGCCAAGGGCGGCAACGCAACCGCCCGCACCGGCCCAAGAGCCAGACGAGGCGGUUGCACCUGGCGGCCCUGCAGGAGCGCGGGGAUCAUCGGCGUCGACGGACCGCGUCGUCCUCACCGACACCCACCUACUCCGUUCUCGGCGACGGGGCGGCUGCGGCGCAACCUCCCAGGCGGCGGGUCGUCGUGGUGCUCGGCAUCCCCUGGUUGGGGCCGCGCGUCGUCGCCACCACCGCACGGCACUUGAGUCAGCCCGAGGAGUCAGCUACAGGUUCUCGCCCGCGUAUCUGGACCGCGACCGGCUGCCGAACCGGCAACGUCGUCGCCGUCAUUAACCUGGCGCGCAGAACGGGGACUCGGGGCCUCUGCGCGUACCGCAAAGGCUGGGGCGCUCAUGAUCCUGGACCGCAGCCUGGCCGGCGUCGUCGGGCUACUUUGGCGCCGCGCCCUGGGACGGCUCGGUCGCGCGGCAAAGGAUCUUUCGCACGUACGGGUACCCGUAGGGAAGGAACCCCACAGGUCAGCAGCCUCGGGCAGCUCCAUCUACCGCCAGGUCCCCCCCCGACGCCUGGGGGAAAAUUCAUGCAGUACGGCGUCUUGGCCGGGGGUUCCGCUAUCUUCAACCUGGGGGCGCAGGUCGAGGCGUUUGUGAAUGCCGUUGCUGCGGCUAGGAGGGACUUUCCUUGA